AAUGAAAGUUUAUUGUGCUUGUAAACUACAAUCGUGUACAGAAGAAUUAACCUCCUUUAUCUGCAAACCGUCGAAAACUGAUAAGAAGAUUGGCGACGAAAAGGUCAUAAAAUGCUUAGGCUUAGGUAAAGAACUAAAUAUUGAAUGCGUUAUACCAAAUGAAAAAGUAAGAUUUAGGGGUAAAUUCGCCAAAUUUACAAAAGAGAAUGAAAAAUAUGAUAUUAAACUUUCAUCAAUAAAUCUUCGAGCGAAUGAUGUAAGAGCUUUAAGAGAAGAUUAUGGUUCAUUAUCAAUUUCUUCUUGUUCUCAAUUUCCAAUAUUUAUUGAAAAUAUGAACAGUUCAAUAAGUAUGAAAGAGUUGGUUCUUGAUCAGGUCAUAAUACCAUGUGGUCUAAAGGUUAACACUAUACAAAGAUUAAUAGUGGUGCACAAAGAAAUAAGGGAACAAAUAAAAACCAUACAAAAGAAGUUUACAAUAAAACCCCCGUUGGAUGCUAAUGAUUUUGGGCAAAUCAAUCAAGUUUAUGAAAAGACAAUCAACGAAUUUUCCCAAUUAGAAGAAGAUUACGUAAUAUCGCAAAUGACUAAUUUUUUUAAUUGUUAUGACAACCCACCAACAAUAACGUCUAUUGGAAGUUUGCAUGUCAAUUCCUAUAUUUUAGAUUGGACUGAGGACUUUGAUUUAAGGAUAACAGAAGAUUUAAAACUAGACGGUGGUUUAGAAAUUCCAACAGACGAUAAUAUAGGAAGAGGAGCAUUUAUUAAAGAGCUAUUUCAAGUAGUACAAAGAUUAGACAUAGAAAAGAUUUAUGGUUGUCCUUCAGAUUUUACUUGGUUAAUGGACAUUAUAUAUAAACGUUUAUGCGAUGGUAGAUAUACCAUAAUAAAGCUAUUCGAUUGUCCAAUGAAAAGUACUAAAGUUGAUACCAUGCCAACUAUUUUUAGUGUACAUUCUAACAAAACCAAUGAAUUUUCAACCAUAUUUGGAUAUACAUUUAGUGAAGAUUGUAAAAUAACUAUUAAACCUACUAAAAAGUCUAUAAAGUAUUUAGAAGUUGUGAAUAAUACUGAAAAAUUUAAACGAAAUAUAGGAAUACAAAGAGUUGAAAGUUUAACGAAGCGUAAAUAUCCUGUUUUUCAUGAUUUUCCAGAUUUUUCUAAAGCUAAUUUAACAAGAAACAAAUAUGCAUUUCUCUUAUCCUUCUCCGGAAUAGGUUGUUAA